GUAACUCUCUUUGCAUAUUUGAUUUUUCUCCCUCAGUAAAACAUAGUCUGCUUAACCUAUUUUUGCUACUUUCCAACAGUUUCACUGGAGGGGUUCUUCCCUGCGCCUUGCAUUUAGCUUUGCUGUCUGAGCACUCCUUUGUUAAAUUAAGGCAAUUAAUAAAUGGAGAUGUUAAGCAAUCAAUUUUGCCUGCAUAUCUCCACAGCCUUACAUAUGACUGGCUGUAAUCACAAGAUAAAUGCAAUGUGCUGAUGUAUGGUAAUGUUCAAUAAUACAUUCUCCACCAGGCUCAAUUCAUCAGGGAGUUUCUGGAGGGGAGGCAUUUGUUAUUGGCUGUCUCCGGACCUCAAGGAUAACAUUCCUGUCCUUUCCAUUGGCCGCCCCGCUGCUGCAAGCCUCUUCCCGUCUUAUUUUGAUGAUGAAUAUGAAGGCAUGCUAAGCUGUGCCGGAGAGCAGCUCUCACCGACUACACUCCCAGCCCCGGCUCAAGGACUCCAGAGCUCCCCGGCUGCUUCCCCUGCCAGCAGCAGCAGCAGCAGCAGCAGCAGGAACAGCAGUAGCAGCAGCAACACCAAAAGUUGUGAUGCUUUUCUUCACCCAGUGCUUUGGGGCUGUGUUAGAUCUUAUUCACCUGCGGUUUCAGCACUACAAGGCAAAGAGGGUUUUCUCAGCUGCCGGGCAACUUGUCUGCGUCGUCAACCCAACACACAGCCUCAAGUAUGCACCGACCCGCUGUGCAGCUGCGCAGGCAUCCACGGAGCAAGGCAUCCUUCCUCCCUGCCAUCACCACGAAGCAGUGCACGACCCCCAGCUGGUCCCCUGCACGUGCCCGCUCUUCUCCUGCCCAUGGGAAGGGCACCUAGAGGUGGUGGUGUCCCACCUGAGGCAGACCCACCGCAUCAACAUCCUUCAGGGCGCGGAGAUUGUCUUCCUGGCCACGGACAUGCACCUGCCCGCACCAACAGACUGGAUCAUCAUGCACUCUUGCCUUGGCCACCAGUUUUUGCUGGUCCUCAGGAAGCAGGAGAAGUAUGAGGGCCAUCCCCAGUUCUUCGCCACGAUGAUGCUGAUCGGCACGCCCAUCCAAGCCAACAACUUCACCUACCGGCUGGAGCUCAACAGGAACCAGCGGCGCCUCAAGUGGGAGGCGACCCCCAGGUCCAUCCUGGAGUGUGUUGACUCUGUCCUUUCGGACGGGGAUUGCCUUGUGCUGAACACUUCCCUGGCUCAACUCUUUUCUGACAAUGGAAGUCUAGCGAUAGGAAUUGCGAUAACCACCAGCAAAGUUCACAGCUCUGAAGCUGAAAUGUGAUGGGGAGGAGGAAGAGGAGGAGGAACAACAGCAACAACAAUGGUGCUCUAGCUGCCUUCUGAGAGCCAGAACUCAUGGACUUUUUAUGGGGGGGGAGGGAGGGGGGAUCUCGGGUCUUUUAUGGUAUUUAGUACUUGUCCACAGUGGGCAUUAUGUAAACAUCCCGUGGUUAUGGUCCCUGUGUCAUGUAUUUACCGUUUUGCUAAUACAAUUUUAUGAGAAAUUUUAAA